AAACAAACAAAAACAUAACUAGUUUCGCACGUGCAUUUAAACCCAGGAAAACCCUGUUGUUUCAAACAAGCUUCUUCUGCAUCUCACUGUCAAUUUUUGUUGUCGAAGAAAUUUGGUUUGUUUGAUCAAAUAUUCGAUCUUUGCACAUUUCUCAUGAGCUCCCCAAACUGAUUCAAUUGACAGAUACUUCGAAGUUUACAAUGGCUGCUUCAAAGGAUCCAGAUAAGUUCUUCAUGUCUAUCACUGAAGGAGACAAUAUACCAUUUGACUAUUUACGUGCUUUAUAUGAGGGUUGCAUUGCUGGAGGUGUUGCCGGUGUUGCUGUAGAAGCAGCUUUAUACCCCAUUGAUACCAUCAAAACUCGACUACAGGUUGCUCGUGGUGGAGUAGAAAUUGCUUUCAAGGGUUUGUAUGCUGGAUUAGCUGGAAAUCUUGCUGGUGUCUUACCAGCUUCUGCAAUUUUUAUUGGUGUAUAUGAACCGACAAAGCAGAAAUUGCUGAAGAUUUUCCCGGAGAAUCUAAACGCAUUGGCUCAUAUUGCUGCAGGUACUAUUGGAGGAGCCGCUUCUUCUCUUGUUCGUGUUCCAACUGAGGUUGUUAAGCAAAGGAUACAAACCGGUCAAUUCAGUUCAACAACAGCUGCUGUCAGACUGAUCAUUGCUAACGAGGGUUUUAAAGGUCUUUAUGCGGGAUAUGGAUCUUUCUUAUUGCGAGAUUUACCAUUUGAUGCUUUAGAAUUAUGCGUCUACGAACAGCUCCGUAUCGGGUAUAAACUAGCGGCAAAAAGAGAUCUGAAUGAUCCAGAGAAUGCUAUGCUUGGGGCUUUUGCUGGUGCCAUAACUGGAGCAGUUACAACUCCAUUUGAUGUUGUAAAAACCAGAUUGAUGGUUCAAGGAACACAAAAACAUUACAAAGGCAUUUGUGAUUGUGUGAGUACAAUAGUUAAAGAAGAAGGAGCUCAUGCUCUAUUUAAGUAUUUGCAGGGUAUUGGGCCAAGAGUGUUGUGGAUAGGAAUAGGUGGUUCAAUAUUUUUUGGUGUUCUUGAGAAGACAAAGAAAAUUCUUGCUCAGAGGCAACCCCAAACUGAUGCUCAGAAGUGAUUUUUUUGAAGGCAAGAUUAAGCUGAUGAUGUUGCAAUGCAUCUUAAUCUUUUCAUAAUUGCAUGGAGUCACUUAGCCCAUUGAGGCCUGCCUCAAUUGAAAAUUUGGGCCAGCCUUGAGCUUUCUCUAAAAGGUUGACAAAGCACAUGCUGUCACAAAUGUAAAUUAAAUAUUUUAUUUUUAUUUUUUCUUUCUAACAAAUGAUUUAUUUCCCAUUCAAACACCAAAAAUUGUAUCAAGAGAACGGGGAUUGGAAGAAAGAAAAUUGAAACUCAGAAUAUAUUAAUUUGGGGAAAUAAUUAACAUGUUCAGCAUAGAAGGGGCUCUGGAAA